CAAUCAUAAAGCAAAGUCCAUAUCAUCAUGAAGAUCUAUUAUAUUGGUGUUUUGAAGAAUACUCCAGGCUCAGACUCUGUCGAAUUAGCUCAAGCAAAAGAUCUAUCAGACUUCAGUUUCUUUGAGAGAAAUGGUGUUUCACAAUUCAUGACAUUCUUUAGUGGCACUAUCUCCAAAAGAACGGAAGCAGGUAAAAGACAAAGUGUUGAAGAAGGUAACUACGUCGGCCACACCUAUACCAGAAGCGAAGGUGUCUCUGGUGUUUUGAUUACAGAUAAACAAUAUCCAGUUAGACCAGCAUAUACAUUAUUGAAUAAAGUUUUAGAUGAAUUCAUUACUUCACAUCCACCAAUUGAAUGGAAAAACUUGUCAGAAACAAACCCAAGCCUACAAAUGCCUGAAUUACAAACAUACAUCAAGAAAUAUCAAGAUCCAUCACAAGCUGAUUCCAUAAUGAGAGUUCAACAAGAACUAGAUGAAACUAAAAUUGUAUUACACAAGACAAUUGAAAGUGUUUUAGAAAGAGGUGAGAAGUUGGACAGUUUAGUUGAUAAAUCAGAAGCGUUAUCUGCAAGUUCUAAAACAUUUUACAAACAAGCAAAGAAGACUAAUUCAUGUUGUAUUAUUAUGUGAGAGUGCUGCUUUAAGCUGAAUAAUGUUGGUCUAAUGUGUGCGUUAAAGGCGACAUUAUAGCAUGUGAUACAUGAGAGCUACCUAUUGAACAUUUGAACUAAUCAAUCAAUUAUAUUUCCAUUUUUAAUUUCAUUUUCAUUUCGGGUUUAUUUUUUUUAAUUCGGUUUAGGUUUAAUACAACAUAACCAUAAAAUAUAACCAUUUUCGAAUCGUAAUAUGAUAACCAAUGUUAUAAAUCAUCUAUAUUUAGCUUUAACAGUCUAGUUAUACCAAAAAAAAGGGGUUUCC